GGCCAUGGGAAGACCCCGGGCUCCUGCUUCCUGAUGUGGGCUUUGGGGCAGCUCCACAUGUAGUGAGCUUCCAUGCAGUUCCGGUGACACCAGACCUGCAAAGCACAGCUGGUCACGUCUGUCCUGCCGUGCAGAUGUGGAAACAGAGGCACAAUGCCACCUGAUGUUCUGCCACAGUGCAGAGCGGAGGCUGGAACCCCGGCUUGUGUUGUCACCGAGGCGAAAGGGAGGAAAGGUGGCAGCGCCUGUGAUCUCAUCAGAUCUUAGGUGGCUUCCAGGAGCUGCCCCGGCUGGGUGGGUGCCUACACAGAGCCAGCGCCUUCCAAAGGGACUCCCUCUCCUGCCAGCCCACCUCAGAGCCCCGCUGGGACUGUCCACGCUUCCUGGUCUUCCUGAAUAGCGACAGCAGCAAACGUGUAGCCUGAGAGGUGGCCUGUUUUAAUGCACAGUGGUCUCACACCAGCGUGGAGACAGGCUCGGUCUCUGAAGUCCUCGCAGAGCACGGCCAGGGCACUCAGCGGUGAGAGCUGGCACUGGGGUAUCCCGAACUUGGGGAGGCUUCUCUGUAGGACUGAGAAGGGCUCCCAGGAGCAGGGAGGAGUGUGGUCAACGCUGUGUUCCAGAGACGCCUCCCUGCCUCCCCUGAUCCUGGAGUCUUGAAUGCUCCUCCAUUUCUUUGUCCUGAAACUGUGUACCAAGCCCUGUGGGCCGUGCUCCGGCCACCACCCUCCCCACUUCCUUCCGGCCAAGGCUGCAACUCAGAAGUCAGAAGAUCUCGGGAGGCUGGGGAGGGGAGAGGGGAGCCCACCCACUGAUGAGGACCCCACUGUGCCUCAGUUUCCCACCUAUAGGGCAGAAGCUGCCCCCUCCAGGAGAGGAUUAGGGCUGAGAUCCGGGCUUUGUCACUCUCUCUCCCUGAGUCACGCCCCCUUGCCCCCCCCCCCCCUUUCAUCCCUCAGGAACCCUGGGGAAACCUCCUGCCCAGCUUUCCAGGGACAGCCACACCUCCCACAGGCUUCCCGUCGUUGCCCUCUGCUCCUGGCCCACUUCCUGCCUCUGUCUGUGGGUGGCCCCAUUUCCGUGGGAGAGCUGAUCCCACCCCCAAAGAGGACACUCCAGCCUGAGCGUCUCUGUCCAUCCAGACGCCUGGCCUUUGUCCUGGCUGUCCCCGCCCACCUCACCUCAUCCCGUUUCCUGACUAGGUCUGUGAGACACUCACACAGCUGCCCUGUACAUGCUGCUCACUCGACCCUCAUGCCAGCCCCGGAGACAGUGCCCGUGACCCUCAGCCUUGCCCUGGCCUUGGCCUCCCCUGUGUCUGAUAGACUGACACUAGGACUAGAUUGCAGUCUGCAGGGUCCUGCUGGCUUCCAGUCUCUGCAGCUGAGUCGCCAUAAGAUCCACAGGGCACUCCCCACUCAUCUAUCUGCCUGUUGCUGUAGGAGGCUGGCUCCACACUGCUCUCUGUCAACCCCGCUGUCCCCUCGGUGUCACCAGUCUUUACACACAGCCAUGAGGCAUCUGUCACUGGAGACCGGCGGUGGGCCCCUCUGCACAGACACUGUCCACUGCCUCAGUAGUCCCUUGCCCCUGGGAGCAGUGACACAUGAGACACGACGGGUCGGAACUCAGAUCUGCCCUAGGCAGAAAGAUUUGCCCUGUACUUUUAAAGGCUCCUGAGAACAGGCGACUGCAUUCCGGGAAUUUUUAUGGAAUUAUGCUCCACACUGCUAGUUUUUGACUCUGUUGAGCUCAAUAAAACAUAUCAUUACAUGA